AUGAUGUCUACUUCGAAAGCAUUCAUUCCCAUGAGGACGUUGGUUCUGGGCUUAUUUCUGCUGUCGAUACCGCUGUGGUUGCUGUACUCAGGUGGGAAUUCCACAGAACUGGAAAAGGAAACAUUGAUAGAGAUUGAAAGUAGUAACUUAGUCGUCCAACCUGACGACAAUGACAACGAUACUACCGAAGUGGCUCAAUUGAAUG